AUGACGGAUGGUAAGGCGGGUAGUCAGACGGGUAAUUUGAAUUUAAAGUUGGGUAAUAGAAAUUUGGUGCUCGGGAGGACUGCAAGUGCUGGGGACUUGACAGAAGCGAUCUUAAGAGGAAAAAGGAAAGAAAGGGAGGCGGAAUCUGAGUGGAGGUUAGAAAAGGAUAAGAUAGAAAGGGAGGUGGUUAAGAGGAGUAAGCUAUUGUCAAAGUCUCCUGAAAAGAAUAAGGAGCUAACAGAGGGGGAGAUGGAGGCAAUAAUGAAAAAGUUGUCUGAAAUAGACGUGAGAAUUAUGGAGGAAUGCGCUGGUUUAGGGAGGAGAGUUGAUCAAUUAAAAGAAGAAGGGAAAAAGGAAAGAGAGGAGCUGAAGAAGAUGUGGGAGGAGGACAGGAAACAGAUGAGUGAAAGGAUAGAAAGGCUGGAGGGCAGGUUGGAAAGGUUAGAGAAGGCAGCGGAAGAAGAUGUGGACAUGUCUGCUGAUGGGGAUACUACGGUGCGGAAGAGAGGACAGGUAGAUAGUGGAACAGAGAGAAGAAUGAGAAAGAUUGAGAUGGACAUAGAGAAGAGGGAAAGGGAGAUAAGAAGAAAAAAUGUUAUCUUGAAAGGUGUGGAUAUGAGAGAAAGUGUGGAUUGGAAGACGGAGGUAGAUAGAGUGUGGAAUAAAAUGGAAGUGGUGGGGGGUAGAAAAAAUAUGAGAAAAAUUGGAGCUCUCGAUAAAGAAGGGAAGGGAUUACUACUAAUAGAAUUGGAGGGACUUGAGAAGAAAAAAGAGGUUAUGGAAGCGAAGAAUAAGCUAAAAGGGGAGAAAAUAAGAGUGGAGGAUGAUCUGACCUAUGAGGAAAGGAGGAUAAAGAAGAUAGUUAUGGAGGAAGCCUUCAAAGAAAGAGCCGCUGGCAAGAAUGUCAAGGUAGGAUAUAUGAAGCUAUUGGUCUGCGGAAAUUUGAGGCAGUGGGAUGAAGCUGAAGGGAGGUGGAAGCUAGAGGAGGGAAACGAGUAA